AGCACACUUAGCGACGAUGUCGUCGCCGUGGCUCAGCAACCGCGAGGAGUUCAACCACAGUCAAAGCAGCAGGAGCAACAGCAACAGCAGCAUGGCAAGCGGUGAGCUACUGGGCGAACGCCAGCCUCUGCUUGGACCGGGAAGCCCGGGUACGCGCACGGCUUCCGCUCUCUCCCCCAGCACAGGCCGUACAUCCGACCGGUUGCGACGCAGCAUCCACCAGGGCGAACACCACCGUCGCCAGUGCACCGAUAUUUUCUUCCUGGGCUGCCUCGCCACCUACUGGAUCGGAAUGGUGGCGCUAGCCAUCACUGCCUUCUCUCACAAGAGUAGCGUGAGCUUCGCCCAGGAGAUCAAGAGCGGAGUGGACUUCCAGGGCCAACCGUGUGGACAGCAUCAGUUCGUUUACUUCCCAGACUACAAGACCAAUCCGGACUUUGGCUUUUGUGUGGAGAGGUGUCCUCGCAAAGAUGGCGAGAUCAUGGCGGUGCAUUUACCUUUGGAGACGGGGAAAACUGUCAAUGGAACGCGCGCAAUGCACCAAGUUCAGUUCACAUCGUACGCUACGCAUCGAUGGGCGUACGUGUGUGCACCGACGGAAGUUAAUUCGGAACAAGUGAUGAUCCGCCAAUUGCAAGACACGUUAGGACGCUUUGUGGGUGCACUUGGAAAUUGUUGGCAGGUGCUAAUGAUCGCAACAGCAAUCUCGCUAUCGACUGCGGGUCUGUAUUUGGUGCUGUUACGGUAUUGCGGUUGCAUUAGCGUGUUGUUGUCGACGGCAGCGAUCGAAUCGACGCUCGUAUACUGCAGUUACCGGUUACUGCAUGCGGCGUCGGACCCGUUAUCGUACGAGAAUGACCCAGUGAUGUUGAGCUCCCUCCAGAUCAGCUCAGUCGUCAUGUGCUGUGCGGCCGUUCUGUUCUUCCUGUUUGCACUGGUCAACAUGUCUCGCUUGCUGCUUGCUGGCGCCUUUAUUUCCCAUGCAGCACGAGCGUUGUCCCAGUUGAAGCGACUAUUAGUGCUCCCCUUCAUCUCCUACGUGCUGCUCAUGCUGCUGUUUGGCUGGGGAAUCCUCGUGACUGUCUGCAUCUUCGGAGCCGGAGAGACUUCGAGUCGGAUCGCGACUAUCUCCGCCACUUCACCGUCGACGAUCCGGGUGGUUACCGAGUCGUUCGAAGUCAGUACGAAGCUGCGAUGGCUGUUUCUCUACCAUCUUUGGGGCAUGUACUGGUCGGUGAACUUUGUGUUGGCAAUUGGAGAGAUGGUCACGGCUACGGCAAUGUCGUUGUGGUAUUUCGCUCCGGAGAACCGAAUAACGGGGUUGAAGGAGUUUGACGAGCCCGAUCCAGUGUCUUACUCAGCCCACACUACCCUCAAGUAUCACCUCGGGACGUUAGCGUUGAGCUCGGGAUCCGUAGCGCCGGUGGAGCACAUCCGCUCGUUCUUCUUGUACCUCGAAAACAAGAACGAGUUUGAUGCCAACGCAGUCACGGAGUUUGCCACCAAGUGCUGCUGUUGCUGCAUUUGGUGCUUUAAGAAUUGUCUCAAGUAUAUCUGCAAGGAGGCACUUUAUGUCACUGCGAUCCAAGGCACGAACUUCUACACGUCUGGAAAGUUGGCGUACACGCUGAUUUCGUCCAACUUGAUUCGCGUGGGAGCGCUCAGUCGUAUCGGCCAUGCGUCGGUUCUCCUCGGCAAGCUGAUCGUGUGCACCACUACGGGGCUGAUAGGGUGGUUCCUCCUUGAAGAUACCCCCUCGCCUGUUCUCCCGCUGGUUGUCAUCAUGCUCUUCUCGUACAGCGUAGCACACGCUUUUAUGACGAUCUACGAGACGUCGAUCAACAUGUUGCUCAUGUGCUUCACACUGGACGAAAACUUGCAUGGCGGUCGUGGCAACUCGGCUCAUGCGUCGGCGCCACUUAUUCGGUCGGUGAACGAUCACUUGCGACCCAAGUGGCAAACGGCCUUUUAG